AUGAAGCCGAUGAAACUCAUAAAUACAGAGUAAUACAUAUCUUCCUUUACAUACGAAUAAAAGAGACAACUACAGAUUGUACUUGCGAAUGAUGAUUCGACAUUAUAAGCAAUUGAGCCAAAUAAUUAUUUAUAACACUAAUACAAUCAAAAUAAAGUUCAAUUUAGUGUGGUCGGGUCGAGAGAUCGAGUUUAUUAUAUGGAUCGCCAAACGGGUCUCACAAGAUCGGGUGUUUUAGUCGUCCGCGACCCGAUUAUUCACGAGAACUACAGAUUUGAGAGUUAUUGUAUUAAAAAUAAAGUUCAAUUUAGCGUGGUCGGGUCGAGUGAUCGAGUUUUUAUAUGAAUCACAAGAUCGGGUGUUUUAGACGUCCGCGACCCGAUUAUUCACUAGAUCUACAGAUUUGAGAGUUAUUGUAAUGAAAAUAAAGUUCAAUUUAGUAUGGUAAACAAAAACCUUUCGAUCUUUUAAUCGAGUCUGCGCCCGGGCGGGUCACCAAACGGGUCACAUAAGAUCGGGUGUUUUUAACGUCCGCGACCCAAUUACUCACGCACAAGUAGUGAUCGGGUGUCGGAGAUUUGAUCAUUCGCGAUCGACACAGGUCUAAAUGAAAAUCAAAAUAUUAAAAUCAAAAGAAAUGAAAUUGUAAUUUUUGAUAAACAUAUUUAUAUUAUAGAUUGUCAUACGAUAUACCUACGUAAUAAUAUAUGAUAUGCAUAUGUUCUUUAUCUUUUUAUAUCUCUAACGGCUCAGGCUCAAUAUAAUAGUUCUAAAAUAUCCUUUCACAACAUAUUAUUUUCAAUACACCUAAUGCAUAGUCUUCAGUCUCCUUUGUGUUAUUAAGUUUACCAAUGUUCACCACAGGUCAAAGUACAUUAAUUACAGAUUAUCUUACUGAUAGUAAUUUAAAAAAAUUACAAUUCUAUUGAUGAUCUUAAUUUUUUUCUAGAAGUAAUAAAAUUCUUAAUAGUGUAAGUAAUCAAUUCAAUUUUACAUUAUUUAGGGCUUAUGCAUUAUGUAUGAAAACUGUAUGUUGUAUGUAUUAUACUGUAACUAUAUAUUAUUCAUCUGAAGUGUCUUCAGUGAUCCAUAAUUAUUUAUUAUAAGAACAAACAAGAGUUGUUACUAAUAAGAUUAAUAUUAAACAAAAAUGGAUAUAAUUAUUAAAGUUAAUAAUCAGUCAAAUGGACGAGACAAAAUUGCUAGAUUAUGUCAGUAUACCAGUCGCCUAAUAUGGCAUCAACUUGAAUCGAGAAAUGUAAAUAAAUACUCAGUGGAUAGAAUCAAAAGCUUAGAGAAUGCUUUAAGCUCUUUUAGAAAAGUAUUGCGAAUGGGUAGAUGUGUUGAUAUUAUUUACAUGGCCCUGAACACUAUGACCAUAGAAGAUCCAGUUUUAAGAAUAUCAUUGACAGUGAGCAAAUUAGCUCAUGCACUAUAUUUGUAUGCGGACCACAUUGUGUGGCUAACAAAAAGUGGAUUCCUCAAAACUGAUUCUGAUAACUGGAACAAAACAGCCAAUAGAUUUUGGUUGUUAUCGAUUAUUGCUAACUUGGCUAGGGAUUUUUAUGAAAUAUUGCAUAUAUUGGAGUUGAAUAGCUCUGUGUUGCUUAAGCCAUCCAGUUUAAUAAGUGGUUCAAUUAAAAAUUUUGAUUUACACGCAAGCAUGAGGCAUAUGUAUGCACUUGUUAAUUGCCAUAAGGAUAUCUUUAUAGAUACACUCAAAAAUUCCUGUGAUCUUUUUAUUCCUCUAACAGCCUUAGGUUUUACAAAAUUAAGUCCCAGUGCAGUUGGUGCGUUAGGAGCUAUAUCUUCUAUUGCUGCUCUAGUGACUUUAAUCAAACCUAUUACAAAGUUAGUUCCGGCUUGAUCUUGUAAUCUGGUAAGACUGAAAAAAUAAAAAAUAUGCUGUAUGGAUAAAAAAAUAUUAUGGUUACAUUGUUAUAGUUGGUUGGUGUCACAAUUAUUGUGUUAAGUUUAUUACUUGUUACAUGUUUUAUCUUUACUGUAUAUCAUUAUAUAGAUGAUUUUUUUAUGAUAGCAUUUUUUUACUAUAGUUGUUGUAUUUGAGUAAGUACUCAGAAGAGACAUUUUUGCAUAUAAUAUUAUGUUUUAUGCUCUUAUAAAUAAGUAUGUUGUAACUGUUUAAGUAUAAUUAUUCAUCUUUGUUUGAACUUGUGCCUCACUAGAACUGCAGCAAUUUUCAUAUUGAAAUGGGUAUUCAAAGGUAUAAAUAAAUUCAUUUUUGAAUCGAUUUGACCAAAUUUGAAUUUGAUCCUUACCAAAUUUGGCCAAAUUUAAACUGAGAAGGGGAGUGUUAAUUGAUUGUCAAGGAUAUUUAUAACCCUACACCUUCAUAACAGUCACAAGCCCAGCGCUCUGCUCUCAAUGAAUCAAUCUAAUGCUAAGAUAUUUAUCUCAAACAACUUGAGGUACAUCUUUAAUGUUGUGUGGUUCUGUACAAGUCAUGAAAAUCAAGAAUUAUUUAAUAACUGAAUGAUUUGAAACUGUUGUGAUUGAUGAUUGAAAACAAGUUUUGUGUAGGUACAAUUUACUUGUAAAUUGUACAUGGCAUUUUCAUAAUCUAGCUAAAUGAGACUGUUUAUAAAAUAUAUUCUUUUAAUAUUAUUAAA